GGGAUGCUGAUCCAUAGAAAAUUAUAUUGCCAGCUAUUGCAGCAGCAGAGAAUUGGCCUAACCCAGCUUAGCAGAUUUCAGGCUUUAGAAGUCUUCAGAUUGCAAUGGAUCUCAAAGGUCUCUGCUUCCUGGCAUUUGCCCUGAUGUUAGGGUUCUCCAGUACAGUUGGUGAAUAUGUUGGCUUAUCUGCUAGUCAAUGUGCUGUUCCAUCCAGUGAAAGACAGGAUUGUGGCUACCCUGAAGUCACUGAAGAACAGUGCAAUAACAGAGGGUGUUGCUUUGAUUCCAGCAUCCCUGAAGUACCCUGGUGCUUCAACCCUCUUCAAGAAGCAGAAUGCACAUUUUAAUGUGAAGAUGUCUUCUCCUGGAUAUCAUCAGACUAACCAGUAAUCAAGUCUUUGUAAUUUGUACAAUGUUCUCAGAUGAUUAUUGCAUUUUGUAAUCUAAUGUCACUUUUUGAUUCAGAGAACUUUAAUGUAAAAGGUUCAUGUUGAAUUUGUGAAGAGUACAUCUUAAAGAAUUAAAAUGUAUACUUAGCAUAUACAUAAUCGUUUAUUACUUAGAGGCUUCCUUUCUUAAAAAGUGACUGCAAUCUUUUACUCAGAUUUUUAAAAGGAAGUUGUGGGGAUCGUGAGAUUGUAUUUUUGAACAGAAUGUUACCACUGAAGCUUGGUGACAAAGACUCAGUCUAUGUGGUGUAUUUUUUUUGCCUCUUUUUUCUACUUUAAUUCUUGUUUUCAUGUCUAAUUGUACAUGUAAUAUGGACUCUAACUUUGUUAACAGGCUAAAAUCCUUUCUGGAAGCAUAAGGGAAUAUAAAUAAUAAGUAAAUCAUAAUAACAAUGUGGGCAAUUAAAUAUAAAAAUAUUCUGAAGAGAAACCUUUCACAUCCAUAUACCCCACCUGUAUGGUUAAGAAAAUAGUCAUUGAUGUAAGAUGACCAUUUAAAAUAAAUAAGGCCCUUAAGAAUGUACAU